AUGUCGUUGCUUCGCCUUUUAGGCUCCAAACCUUCGGCCCUAGCCAAAGCUAAACCUACCCUACAACGAACGGCUCCUUCACGAGUGCUCCUCGCUUGUCCCUCCUUCAGAACCAUUGCGACAGCUUCUGCGAGACCCCAAGAGGCACCCCGCGAACCUCCCUCUGCAACACCAGAGAUCGACCUCCUACAGUCUCGCCGCCGGCGCAUCCGAGACUCAAAGCCCUUCUCCGACUUCCUCACAGAUACCUUCCACCGACAACAUGAUUACCUUCGCAUAUCUGUCUCGGAGCGAUGCAAUUUGCGGUGCGUCUACUGCAUGCCCGAAGAAGGCGUGCCCUUGUCGCCAAACCGAGAGCUCUUGACAACUCCAGAGAUUGUCCUCUUAUCGUCCGUAUUUGUCUCGCAGGGUGUGACUAAGAUCAGGUUGACGGGAGGAGAACCGACUGUGCGGCGGGAUAUCCUACCUCUGAUGCAACAGAUUGGAGAGCUGCGACGGCAUGGUCUAAAGGAGAUCUGCAUCACAACCAACGGCAUCUCUCUGCACCGGAAGCUCGACAGCAUGAUCGAGAGUGGGCUGACGGGCGUCAACCUGAGCCUCGACACUCUGGACCCUUGGCAAUUCCAGAUCAUGACGAGGAGGAAAGGCUUCGAGGCCGUGCAGAAGAGCAUCGAUAGGAUUCUCGAGCUCAACAGACUUGGUGCUGGCAUCAAGCUCAAGAUCAAUUGCGUGGUCAUGAGGGGUGUCAACGACAGAGAGGUGCUCCCAUUCGUGGGCCUGACGGAAGAAAAGGACGUCGAAGUCCGCUUCAUCGAGUACAUGCCAUUCGACGGUAACAAAUGGAGCAAAAAUAAGAUGUUUAGCUACCAAGAGAUGCUGGACCUCAUCAGGACAAAGUACCCGACGCUGCAAAAAGUGCAGGAUCACAAGAACGAUACAAGCAAGACGUGGCACAUUCCAGGCUUCACUGGCAGAAUAGGCUUCAUCACGAGCAUGACGCACAACUUCUGCGGUACUUGCAACCGUCUUCGAAUAACUGGUGACGGCAACCUCAAGGUGUGCUUGUUUGGCAAUGCUGAGGUCUCUCUACGCGAUAUCCUGCGGAAGUCCAACAGCGGCGAGCCCAUCGAUGAGCAGGCUUUCGAUGCCAUGAGACAGAUCGAGAUGGACCGGCGGAGGGACUUGUUAACAUCAGACCGGACUCCUCUCGGCCUGGCACCUAAUGAGAUGGAGCUGCUCGAAGUCAUUGGAGCUGCUGUCAAGAGAAAGAAGGCAAAACAUGCGGGCAUCGGUGAGCUCGAGCAUAUGAAGAAUAGGCCCAUGAUCUUGAUAGGUGGGUGA